AUGGCAGAGUCAACCCAUUCCUCCACUACUUCCCAAGGCCGACCCAGUGGUGCUGAAUCGACAGGCAGCGAUUCCGCAACCCCAGAAGGCGCUCCUAUUGAGGCUGCUAUACGCAGGAGGUCUAAGGAAAGAUGGGGUCUCGGCGACAGCACCGCCUUGCUUCUGGGAGGCGAUGAACCUUACAUGGAGCCUCGCUCGCCUAUUGCCACAGUGAGCUACUUCGACAGCUCCCAACGUAGUCAGGCCCUAGAGAGCAUCGGCUAUGGCCCUGACCCGAGCACUACGGCUGAGGACAGUAGGGAGGGCGUAGACGAGAACAAUGGUGCUUCUAUAGAGCAGUCUAUGAGUAUUGAAGAGCUCUGGGAUAAGGUCCUCCACGAUACAUUGUACUUGGACAUAGUAGGGGCGACUAACGCCUGCAACAAGCUCAUCAUCCAUCCUGAUGCUGAUGACUUCCAAGUAGCUCUUAGCAACCGCAUGGGGUUGGUCCUGACCGCGGUCACAAGUGUUACUCUAGAAGGGGUGACCUGCGUGCAGGACCGCAGUGGUAGCUUCUCGGUAUCGGAAUUCUCUCUGAAUACCACUUCUAUGGGGCAGCAGUCUGCGUCCCCUCAGUAG